AUGAGUGACACCGGCGUGCUGCAGCGACUGGGCGAUGCACAAAAGGUGAUCGCCAAGUGGUGCCAGCCGCGUGCGCUCGCGCUCCCAGAUAUCAAGGCGCGCCUCCCUCCGCGUGAUGCGCCGUACGAGGAGCACUCGCAGCCGGACGAUGCCUGGGCCGGCUUCCGCGUGCAGCGGCGCCUGCCGAUCCCCAGCAUGGUGUUUGAGACGAUUACGAGUCGCGCGCCCGUGGCCACUCUCGCCCUCUUUCCCGAGAUCGGGCGCGCGUGCAUCACGGUCGACCAUCGUCUGUACCUGUGGGACUAUGCGCAUGGGUACGUGGCCUUUCCUGACCCCAGAAACAACGCAUUUGAGCACCAUGAGCUGCCAUCUGACGAGCUCAUCCUCUCUGUUGGCCUCGUGCGCGCGCGCCCCGGCGUGUUUAUCGACGCCAUCCAGCACGUUCUCGUCCUCUCGACCGGCCCGACCGCCACCGAGGGCCGCCGCGUCUUGCUGCUGGGCGUCGAGGUGCUCCAGGCGCCCGUCAACGAGGCUGCCGGCAUCAAGCUGUACGAAACAGCCAUGAGCGCCUCGACGAACGGCGUGGCGAUGCGCAACAUCCAGGGCACCGAGCAAGGUCGCGUGUUUUGCCUGGGCAGCGACCACUGCGUGCACGAGCUCGUGUACCAGGCGCAGGAGAGCUUGUUCCGCUCACGCUGCUAUAUGUACAACGUGACACAGCCGCACCUCGCAAAUCUCCUUCCGUCGUUCUUCCGCCACGAAAAGCGGACCCGCCUCAUCACCGUCGACAGUGCGCGCCAGUUGCUGUAUGUACUGCGCGACGGGGAUCAGAUCGACGUGUACUCGCUGCCGUCGCGCGAUUCUUCCCGUGCACCCGUCCAUACCGGCAGCAUGUACGGCGUCGCGCGCCAGGCCGGCCUCCUGCACUCGCAACAGGAAGUCGGGCCGAUCGUUUGGCUCGGCCCUACAGAGCCGGACACGCGCUCGAGUGUCUGCCUCGUGGCCGUGACGGAGCGUGGCUACCGUAUCUACCUGGACGACUUUCAGCGCCGCUCGUGGGCGCAGCUCGCAGUGCGUGCGCCCCCCGGCGCUGCCCCCCGCGGCGCAGCGCCUGGCCCGCCCGGCCUUCCCCUGUUCGCCGGUGCGCCGAGCACGGCGCCUGCCGCUCCGGCGCAACGCGCCACAGGCGCUCUGUACGCGCGCGGCGUGUUUUUGUGCGCGAUGAGCACGGGCGAUACGGGGUCUGUGCUCUACGCCGUCGGUGCGCCGGUGCCUGCGGCCAACACGACGCUGACGUACGCAGCAGGCGUGGGUGCCGCGUGGCAGGAAGGCGCGACGCGUGCGCCGCUCGGGACUGGCGCGAGUGCGCCGGUGCUGGCCGAGGCACGGCCUGGGCCCCCCGCGGACGCGAGUGGCGCAACGCUGCGCCCCUGUGUUGCGCAAACCACAAGUCCGGCACGCGUGUUCCUCGUGCUCGACUCGAACGGGCUGACCGAGCUUGUGGAGCGGCGCCCGGCGGACGUGCUGGCGAGCCUGCUGGGCAGUGCUGCCGCAACAGGGGCGGUCUCGACGGCGCCGCCGAUUGUCGACUUUUUCAGCCGGUACGGCCCCGUGGAAGCGUGUCUGUGUGCACUGGUGCUCGGUGCGCGCAACGCCCAUGUGGUGCCCCACGAGCGCGACGAGGUGGCGCAGGCCAUCCGCGUGUUCUGUGGGCCGCUCGGUGCGUGGCCCGCGGAGCAGCGGGUGCCGGGCCUGGGCGGCGGCAGCAAGUCGGCACGAUACGAGGCACUCGCGUGCUACAUGGCGUGCGUGCUGCGCGGCGUGUGGUCCGAGCCGCUCGUGCCCGCGGACUUUUGGCGUGCGGGUGCGCGCGCCACGAGCCCGCCGCUCGUGGCGCGUGGUGCGCUGGCCGCUGUGCUGUCAGACCUCGCGCCGCUGCACGCCUUUCUGCAGCGGCACUCGCAGCUGCUGGACGAUGAGCGCACGGACGUGGGACAGCUGCAAGCGCUGUGCCAGCGCACGAUGGAAGCAUGCCAGUUUGUGCUGUUCCUCGCGGACCACAAUAUGCGUGCGAUGGGCGAUGCGCUCCCGGCCGAUACGCGCACGCGGCUCACGCAGCUCUCGCUGGCGGACCUCGUGACGACCGCGGACGGGCGGCGCGUCGCCAACGAACUGGUGACGGCCCUGAUCGAGUCGCAGAGCGGCGCGCGUGCGAGUGUCGAUGCGAUGGCCGAGGCGCUGCAGGCGCGGUGUGCGGGCUUUUGCAGUGCUGACGAUGUGCGGCAGUACAAGGCGUCCGAGUGCCUGCGCAACGCGACCGAGCUGGAUCGGCGCCUGCGCGCAGAAGAUGGUGCGCUGAGUGGCGCCGCGCCGCGCCGCACCGCCGUCGACGAGCAGCUAAGUGCGAGUUUGCACCUGCUGCUUCCGAGCGCCGCGCAGCUGCCGCUCGAGAAGCUGGAGCAUGUGUGUGCGACGUACCAGCAGCUGCGAUACGUGCGGGGCGUCGUGUCACUGGCCCUCGCGUGUGCGCGCGCGGCCGAUCCAGCGGACAUGGCCGUCGCGUUCCGUGCGGAUGGGUGCCCUGCCGAUGAGCUGGCAUCGCCGCGCCAAGGCGCGUAUGCGCUGCGCCGGCGGAUGUAUGCGCUGGUCCUGCAGGCGUUGCAGGUACUCAAGGACGAGGCGGCGCCGUCGUACGACGAGGCCCUGGCGCUUGCGACGCAGAGCGACGAUGCGCUCUUCCAUGAGGAGCUGUACACGGCGCUGGUGGCUGCGCAGCGCACCGAUGAGCUGCUGGCGCUGCGCACGCCGUUCUUGGCCGACUUUCUACAGGGCACGCCAGUGCUGCUGGGCGGCGAGCCGCUGGACGUGUAUGAGCGGCGGCUGCGCGACCUGCUGUGGCAAUGGUAUGUGCGGCAGGGCGACUGCCUCGCCGCCGCCGAGACGCUCGAUGCGCUGGCACACACAGAGGCGUAUGCGCUGCGCCUGCACGAGCGGAUCGAGUACCUGGCGCUGGCCGUCGGCAACGUCAAGUCGGUGCGUCCGUCGGCGGCGACGCAUGUGCCGGACCUGGUGGCGUUUGCGACGCAGCUGGAGGAGGACCUCGAAGUGGCGCAGGUGCAGGCCAAGGUGCUGAGUGCGCUGCCGGCCGUCGAUGCGGCGGAGUGGGAGCCCGCGGAGCGCGAGCGUCUCGCGCAUGCCGCGCACGAGCUGGACAUGACGCUGCUGGACAUGACGACGCUGUACAAGGAGCUGGCAGAGCCACUCGGUCUCCUAGAAGAGCAGCUGCUCAUCAUCCACACGGCGCAGUACCAGGACACAGCGCUCGUCGCCCAGAUUUGGGAGGCGCUCCUCGCGCGCGAGCACAAUGCCAGUGCGCCGGCGCAAGCGCACCAGGCGGUCGCGGCGCUCGUGACGGACGUGUACGUGCGCCUGGGCGGCUCAGAGACUGCGUGCCCCCUCGAGCUCGUGCUGGGCCUGCUCGAGCGGUACGCGUACGACACCGAGAGCGCCGUGCAGGGCGAGACGCCCGCGCCGUCGGCGCUCGAGUGGCAUGCCUUCCGCACGCUCUCGUCCAAGGCGCCCCUCCUGCGCGUGGGAUGGGCGCCCCUCGUGCUUCUCGAGGCGGGCGCGCCCGCCGAUGCGCUCUUUUCCGUUAUGCAAGGCCUCCUGGCCAAGGCGCCUCCCCCCUGGAACACGACGAGUGGCGUUGGGUUCCUGCUGCCCGACCUGAUCGAGCUGGCCGAGGCGUGGGUGCGCGACGUCGAGCAGAGUGUGCGGCCUGUGGCGUUCCCCGCGCACCAGGUCGACCAAGCGCUCAACGACGCGGUGCUCCAACUCCACACACGUAGGUACGUGCGCGCGCACGACGCGCUCGACCGCCGCCUCGAGCAGGUGCAGGCGCUUGUGCAGCGCGUGCGCCGAUCCUUAUAG